AUGGCCAAGAUAAUCUCCACGAUCAAGGCCAUCCUCACGAGGAUCAUCUUCAGUGCGCACAGUUUGCUGGCCAUUUGGCAGGUGGUCGCCUUGAAGAGUGAUAUCAUAUACUGGGCACUAUGUGGACCACUGUUGCUGCUCCUCCUCGAGGGCAUCUUCACCAUCAUGAUCAAGAAGACCCAAGAGUGGCGCUGGUUCUGCCCCUCGGUGUUCCUCUAUCUGAGCAGCAUUGUGCCGGCUAUUUGGCUCCUGGAACUGGACAAGGUGGCCAAGCGAGUGAGCAACAUGACUGCGACCAACUCGAGUGUCUACAGUCCGAGCAACUACAGCAUUCCCGGAGGAGGACUAGGAAAUACCACUGGAUUCGGGAUCAUUACCAACAGCAGUGUUCCCCCGGUGGCCACGCUGCUGGGACAGGCCGGGGUCACCCUCUCGGUGACCCCGGACACGUGGACAACCCUCAUCGAGCAGUUUCUCAUGCUCAUCCUGAUCGUGGGUCGCUGGCUGCUGCCCAAGGGAGAUCUUACCAGGGAUCAGCUGAGUCAAUUGCUACUGGUCUACAUUGGCACGGCGGCGGAUAUCAUUGAGUUCUUCGAUUCCUACAAGGAUGACUCGAUAGCUAGGAUCGGCUUUCUGGUGUACCUAACCCUGGGCAUUUGGUCCUGGAGCCUCAUGCAGUUCACCAUUGUGCUGUCCGCCACUCGGGGAAGACGACCAAGGGGCAGUGGAUCGCAUCACAAGGAAGAACAUACAGACUGCUGCCAAAACUGCUGCUGUGGCAUUGAUGUUUGGGGCAUUGUACUCAACGUGAUCCUGCAGGAUGCCCCCUUUCUCACCUUUCGUUUACUGAUUAUUUUCCAGUAUAAAAUCAUUAACUACAUGAAUGUCUUCUUCACCUGCAAAAACUCUUUGGUUAUUAUCCUUCAACUAUAUCGUCUUUAUGUGGUCAAUGCCGAGUUCUGGAAGAAUCGUCGGGAGAGUCGGAUGGCCAAGGCACGUCAGUUUCAAUCCCGUCGAAAGGUUCAGGAUGCCGACCAAAAUAGCAUUUACAUGAUAUCAAAUGAACGAGGGGGCGAUGUCAAAAAGAAAAUCAAAAAGGCCAAGGACAAGGAGUAUGUGGAGCAGGAGGCGGUGUACAGCAAAAAGAAGAAGGACAAAAAGGACAAGAAGAAGCGCAAGCGCAAGGACACUGGCUAUUCCACGGCCAGUUCGCAGAACCUCUACUCCACCAAGGCGAGUGGCACGGAUAAGGAAUCCCGUCGGAAGGAUAAGAAGGCCAAGAAAUCGAAGCGAACCUGCAGCAGUUCCCCCAGCGAUUGCGACUUGGCCAAGAAGCAGAAGCGCGGCAAGAACGGGGAUAAAAACGAUAAGAAGAAAUCCCGCAAAAUUGAGGCAGUUGUUGAGGAGUCGAGCAGCUCAAGUAGCAGCAGCUCGGACUCCAGUAACUCCACUUUGCCAAGUUACGAGGUUAUUGACGAGAAGAAGGCGCGCAGGAGGAAGCACCGCGGAAGUAGCAGCGACACCAGUUCCGGGGACAGCAGCUCCUCCAGCUCCUCAUCUUCCAGCUCGGACUCGUCGUGA